GGCCAGGUGACUGAAGCAACCGGUCCGUUCGGAUAGGCCUCGACGAUUUCCCGAGCUUCAUAGAAUGUACGUCAGUUUGCUCACCAAAGGGCUGUGUGAAAGCUACUUCCCUCCGACCUGUGUGGCGAGCCAGCUGCAGAGGCUGCCAGACAGCGGUUCGCUCGGCCACCACCAUGGCUGCAGGUCAAGGGAGCACCACGCCCCGUGAAGUCAACCCUGCUAGGGAGCACCCCCUGGAAAGGGUGACGCCUGAUGGACUGUCCCUUGGAGGAGGCGUUGCCAACGAGGGCUUCAGCCGCACCCCGUCGGAGGCCCUGUUUGCCGUGGUGCCAGCGGCGAGCACCCCCGACGGCAGUCUCUACUCGGAGAGUGCCACCCUGCUCAAUGGGCAGCUGCCGCGUCUCACCACCCUCGAGGGCAAGCCCCGCCCCGAGCUUUUGGACGAGAAGGACACCGCCUGCCCGCCGAACAAGGUGGCGCUUGGCAGCAGUGAUCGACCACUGUCUCCUAGCGGAGCCAUCUGCUUGGACCUUGUGGCUGACGUAUCUGCCGAUGCCACCGAAGAAGAGACUGCCAUCACCAAAGAACGACUUCGCGUUGUAGCAAUUCAGGUUUUUGUUCCGUUUCUGACGGCCGGCUUUGGUACGGUCGGUGCCGGCCUGGUGCUGGAUGCAGUGCAGCAGUGGCCGGCAUUUGAGCACGUCACCGAGCUGUUCAUCCUGGUGCCAGCUCUGCUGGGCCUCAAAGGCAACCUGGAGAUGACGUUGGCCGCCCGCCUCUCGACACAGGCCAACCUGGGCAACAUGGACACCGCUGCCGAAUGCGCGGCCAUGGCCGCCGGCAACAUGGCCCUCAUCCAGUGCCAGGCGACGGUGGUGGCAUUCCUAGCGUCCCUGUUUGCCGUCCUAAUGGGAUACCUUACCGAAAGCCACUUUGACUCGGCUCAGGCAGUCAUGUUGUGUGCAAGCAGCAUGGUCACGGCCAGCGUGGCUAGCCUCUUGCUCGGAUCCCUGAUGGUAGGCGUGGUGAUACUGGCUCGCAAGUGGCACCUUAAUCCGGAUAACGUGGCCACUCCCAUCGCUGCAUCGCUCGGAGACCUCACCACCUUGGCUCUGCUCGCCGGUGUGAGCAGCCUACUCUUCCAUCAAAUCAAUGUGGUGUGGUUGUCACCCCUGGUGGUGUGUGUGUUCCUGGCGGGCAUUCCCAUCUGGGUGUACCUGUCCAAGCGAAACCCCUACACCCGGGAGGUGCUCUGCACCGGAUGGGUGCCCGUCAUCUGUGCCAUGGGAAUCUCCAGUGUUGGUGGAUGCAUCCUAGACGCUGCUGUCACUACAUACCAUGGCCUUGCAGUCUUUCAGCCUGUGAUAAAUGGGGUUGGGGGCAACCUGGUGGCCAUCCAGUCAUGCAAGCUGACCACCCUGUUGGCCCAGCGCUCCAAGUUGGGCAGCCACCCGAGCUCAGACGCCAAGAGCUGCAUCGACCCGUGCUCUGCGUUCUGUGGAAAAAACUCUCACGCUCGUACGGCACGGCUCCUGAUGCUGAUGGUGCUGCCAGGGCACCUCAUCUUCGUGUACACCAUUCGACUCCUCACCUCUGGCAACACUGUGAUCACCCCUAUGUUCCUGGCGUGCUACAUGACGUCUGCCCUCAUUCAGGUGGCGCUCCUGCUGUACACUGCGCGUUGCAUGGUGUACUGGAUGUGGAGCCGUCGAGUGGACCCAGACAAUGCCGCCAUUCCUUACCUGACGGCCCUGGGCGACUUGCUCGGAAUCGCACUCCUAGCCGCUUCCUUCUGUCUGCUGGAUGCGCUUGGCGACUGCGGCAUCCACUCACCCGACUACAACCUACCACCACCACCACGACCGUCACACCAGUCACCUGUCACCAUGCCAUUUGCCAGUACAGGAAUCUUCGACUAAAGACAUGGAAUGCUUAAACAAUUUGGAUCUGCAGUGAGAAAAAAAAAAAGAAACAGCAUAUAAGAACACAUAUCUGCGGAUUGGAUGCGUCUACUCAUCAGUCGGGGCAGGCACGAACCAGUCGGAACAACUUACGUACGUCGGUGGAUGUGGCGGUCAGCGCCAUGCACGACUCAAGUCAGAACUGGCCGUGCAUUGUCGCGUGACUUUAGUCACUGGCAUGUUGAGUGCGUGUGUGUUCUCCCGGAUUCCCAUGUCCCUUGUGCACUUUGGUUUUUCGGAAGAGUUCUGUCGUCAGGUGGAAUGCUGAAGUUUCCUGGAAAAAGCUGUCGUUCCGGUGCUGGUGUAAGUGUUUCCGCAAUACUUGCUUCCACUUAGAGCGUAGGCACUCUCCCAGCUGUGCGGUUGUCACCGGUGAGGGUUGAUGUGUGUUGUGGGGGAGCGCUCGAGGCAGAGUCCAGGUUUACGUCGACGCUGAUGGCAAGGUCAACUGCGCUAUUGGAAGAUCUGUCUGGCACGGAACCUUCGUCAUCGGGUCUGUCAUGACUUUUUGUCGAGGUGGACGAAUGGGUCGGGAUGCGGUUUCAGGAAAUCAUAACAACAGGAAUUCUAAGACUGUUCUGGGUUACAAUGCCUCAAUCCCGGUGUGGAUAACUUAGUGCGCCAGUAUUUAAAAAUGCUACAUUGUCGAAAACGAUCCAUUGCUAUCGGUGAGGACUAGCGUGCCAUGCAUGAAGGCCUCCGUGGUUGAAGUCCAUCAUGAGAGGCUGUCAUGGACAGUGUGGUAAAAUUCCAGUGGUUCUCACGUCUUUUGUUUUGUUGAAGGCUACUGGCUACAUAAACGAAAAGCUCAUGUGGAAACGGCCAUUGAAAUCUCGUAGGUCUGAGGAAGCUUGGAAAGCGAUGUAAAUUGGUGUGGCCUACAUGAUAAAAAUCAAAUAGGAAACAUUUAUUCCAGUUUUUAGCUCUAUGUUUGAGUACUCGGUUCUUUUCACUGUCUUGUGGCAUGCAUCAAGUUUGUUUGUUGCUGUGUUACUUCGUGAAAUUUCAGUAGUGUGUUGCGUGCCUUUUUUGAGCACGUUGUUAUGAGAGAUAAAAAUGAUGUCUAAUAGCUGGCCUUACUUGCCGAUUUUGUGAUGUGCACUUUUCUGGCUGUUGUGACACAUGGCCGGGGAAAGAAAUCGAUGGCCGAUCGCUUCUGUCCAGUUGCAAUCUCUUGGAUCAAACGUUGGCUAGUCUGAGCACCCUGGGCUAACAUUUCACGGACGUGAUGCCGGGGAGUUCAAGAUCUUGUGUGAGAGACUGAAAUGGUGGGAAGUUUUGAAAUAUGGUGGAGCUGAAAACGGAAAGCGCAAGAGUUUUCAACAUUUGCCAGUCAGUUCAGCAAAACAGUUGAAGUAGGUGUUGCUGUCCUGAUGCAAAUCGGGGCUGGACAGGACAUACUAUGCGCCUUGUUAACAGCCUGUGGCUGAAACCAGGGUUGGGCAGAGCAUGUGGGCAACAUUUUCUGUAAAAGGACAGUCUAGAUUCUCAAUUUAUUAUUUUAAGUGUUCACUGAACAUUUCUUGUGUGUUAGCUGGCCCUUAGUGGCACAGCUAUCUCUACUUCCUUUUUUUAAUUUCUCUUCUGCAGGCAUCUAGAAAACUUGAUUGGCACUUGCAGUUAAUUUUGUGUUAGUCUAGUUCGAGGUUUAUCUAUUGCUAAGCGGCACUUUUAAGUAAAGAGAGCAGCAUAGCUUGUUCCAGUUUCAUUUACGGGGCUUGCCUACAUAGUACAGCCUUUAAAGCAUGCUUGUUAUACCCAUUGCAUACUUGGUGAAAUGAGUUACAUAUGUGCACCCUCAAUAGUGAUUCUUCAUUACUUCUAUACUCUGGUUCUCCAAAAGCUGGUGAGCUGGUGAAUGAGUUAAAUGUGCACAGCGCUGAAAUGUUUUGUAUUUUAAUCUGCAUUCUUCAGACCACAGGUUGCAAUAUAAAACACGCAUGCAAAACUUAUGUACGCAUUUUGAGGGUGAAUGCUAAGCACCCUCAAAAAAAACGGGUGCUGUUUCUAUGGAUCUGUUGGAGUUUAAUACAGAUACAUAUUGCGCGCUUGAAAAGAUUUGUGGUGAGUACCAGAUCUGUCGUGCAUUGUAUGCUGGCAGCCUUCUUUUGACUGGCUGAAUCUCUUUUCAUUGCUUAUCGGCUGCAAUCGCUUUUCAGCUUCUCAACUUUUCGUUACUUCUUGUGUCAUGGGCAAAAACAUUUGUCGGCGUUUGCUUAUCGGCUGCAAUCGCUUUUCAGCUUCUCAACUUUUCGUUACUUCUUGUGUCAUGGGCAAAAACAUUUGUCGGCGUGUUCUUGGAGGCAUACGAGUUAGGUUUGUUGGUAAAGCGAUGACUGGGGCUUAUUUGUUCAUGUUGACUUUGAGUGUGGUCUGAUUAACAGUAUCACAGUAUGAAAUGACAGACCUGUCUGUUAACCUGUUGCCCAGGUCUCUCAGAGUGCUUUUAGUGAUACUUUAAGCAAACACACUUUAAGUCCCUUGGUUAGUUUCUAGGAUUGCUUUAAGACGGAUAUAAUGUGGGUGAUAUUGGUGACAACGCUAGUACCCAUCUUCGAUAUCUAGACUAUCUAGUUUUGUUGUGUGGAAGAACAAAAAGAAUGAGCCACUUUGGCACUUUUUUCUUG